UUAGUUUUAGUUGUUCUAGCUCUCAGUUCAACGAGCAAGUGAAAGACGAGAAAGAUCAUUGGAUUCACCGAGUGCAGUAUCUUACUCUGAAAAAAAUUCAAGAGGUCUAACCGCAAAAAUGGCCCGCAAAUUUGUCGUUGGAGGUAACUGGAAGAUGAAUGGAGAUAAAAACAUGAUAAAUGAGAUUAUAAACAAUAUGAAGAAAGGUCCCUUGGAUAAGGAUGUUGAGGUAAUUAUUGGGGUUCCUUCCAUCUAUCUUACUUAUGUGAAGAGUAUUGUCCCUGAUACAAUCCAAGUUGCUGGACAAAAUUGCUGGAAAGUUCCUAAGGGUGCUUUCACAGGUGAAAUUUCACCCGCUAUGUUGAAAGAUGUCGGUGUUAACUGGGUUAUCAUUGGGCAUUCCGAACGCAGGACAAUUUUCAAAGAAAAUGAUGACCUAAUAGCAGAAAAGGUGGCACAUGCUCUUGACUCUGGCAUGAAAGUGAUUGCUUGUAUCGGUGAGACGUUGGAAGAGAGGGAAGCAGGAAAGACUGAGGAAGUUGUGUUCAGGCAGACUCAGGCAUUGGUUUCCGCUAUUGGUGACAGAUGGGCCAAUGUUGUGCUUGCUUAUGAACCAGUCUGGGCCAUUGGGACUGGGAAAACUGCUUCUCCGCAGCAGGCUCAAGAAGUGCAUGCUUCUUUACGUAACUGGUUAGCAAAUAAUGUCUCAGCUGAAGUUGCUGAUACUGUGCGUAUUCAAUAUGGAGGAUCAGUUACUGCAGCUAAUGCAAAGGAGUUAGCUCUGUGUGCUGAUAUUGAUGGCUUCCUCGUUGGUGGUGCAAGUUUGAAACCGGAGUUUGUCAACAUCGUUAAUGCUAAUAAGUAAAUUUCCUUAAUUAUCUUGAUGUAUUUAACAAAUUAUAAUUAUCACUUGUCUUGUUGAGAAUUAAUGAUUUGAAAUAUCCUUUAUUUUGUGUAUUGUAGUAUAUUAAAAUAUGAUUAACAUAAUAUGAAUUAAGUACAAGAUCUUUGAUGUCGUUGUUUUAGGAGAUUUUUUGAAUGGGAAUCUGAUAUUCUUUAGGGAGUUUCAGUAUUGUAAAAUGACAGGCAAUUUUUUAUUUGCAAUUAUAUAAACAUUUCAUUAAUCUAUUAAAAAUAUGUGUUAGUUGUUUAAUGCUAUACUAUUGAAACAAUAGUAUCUAAUUUAAUUAAAUUAUAUUUAGAUGUAAAAGAACUGCCAACAAAAUGUUUUAAUUAACGCGUUUUUUUAACAACAUUCAAAUAUUUUUCUUAUCGUAUUGUUGAAUUGUUUCUAUGUUAUUUGGUUCUUCAUUUAUGUUUAAAAUCACUGUAUUCUUAUUCAAUUAAAUAAUAAUAUCGAAUGAAAGUUUGAUUUUUAUUAAACUUCAUACUAAUCAAAUAUCAAGUUCUACGAAUUUUUAUUUUAUAGUUUUCUUUUUUACUUUUUGAGUUUGUUCAAAAUACAACUAAAUGUUUUCUUGAUAUUAUUAUAAUAAAGGACAACAUAAAAGAUUGUUUCUUUUUCCGUUCUCAAUUUUUAUGACGAUGUUUUCAAGUUUUCUAUAAAUUAUAUAUCAUUGUAAUGAUUACUUGUUUAUGUCUUAUUAUUAUUAUGAAAUUAAAACUAUUACUUCAAUUA